AUGGCGAACCUGCCGGCAGGUAAUUUCAUCACCAAUGUAGCUGGAAAACAAUGUACAGCCGUUCCACGAUCAAUAGGAGGCGGAGGAGGGGGAGGAGGAGGAGCGGCUUCAAGUGCUGCAGCGGUCACCACGACAGCAGCGGCAGAUACAACCACGAGCACGCCGCCGCCAGCAGCAGAAACGACAGCAAUUCAACCACCGCCAGUAGUGCCGCCAGUUGCAGUUCCGACAAGUGCACCUUCUCCCCCAUCACCACCAACUCCACCAAACCCACCAUCUCCUCCAUCUUCACCUCCGCCUGGGCCACUUCUCUCAGCACCGGCACCACCGCCACCUCCAGGAGCUGCUAAGACUUCUUCAUCCACUUCUGUAGCCGCGGCCCCUCCAUCUUCAACACCGAUCCCUUCUCCAACUUCACUAACUCCCGUGGAGAGCCCUACCUCUGUCGUGUCGCCCAUCGCUGUACCUGUUACCACGAGCGCCCCUGAACUCAGCUCUGCGACCACGAAGCCCCUAUCAAUAUCGAGCUCUGUCCCACUCGCGAACUUAACCCCAAGACCUGUGAUUAGUUCUGAAAGUACUGCGUCAAAAUCUACAACUCCGACGACAUCUUUUGGUACUCCUUUAGCGCAGCUUCAGAGCGACCUUCGGUCAAAUGUAACCCCUUCUCCUACUACUUUCUCCACAGAACAAGCUAGUAAGACCGGGCUGAGUUCUCUUGAACUAUCUCUACCUACAUCGAGUUCGAAUUCUGUACCUGGAACUGAGGCUUCCGCUACAGACGGUGGAAUCUCGUCAAACCCUAAAGCAUCAGCUGCGCCAUUGGUGGGUGGUCUUUUGGGAGCCAUGGGGUUCAUUGCCGGAAUAGCGCUGUUGUUCUUCUUCUUGAAGAAAAGGAGAGCUAGAAGGGAUUCUUUACUGACACCAAUGGAUUCUGGCGCCCAAAACGAUUUCUACAGAGAUGAGAAAUCACAGCGGCCUGCUCAGUUUGACGAGAAAUGGGACCCAGAUAUGACGAAUCGGACUCAAGGAAGUCAUAUAAAAAUUUCCGCUGCUGCAUUCACGUCGAAAGUAGUAGGAAUAGGCGCCACGAUCAAAGCAAAGGUUAUCAGAAAUCGGAGUGCAAGUCCUAGUGUGAACUUGAACCGAGGAAACUCUCAAUUCUUGGAUGGCCCUAUCCCACAACACUCCCGUAACAACUCGAUGCUUUCUGGAAGUACCAACAAGCUCGCCGCAAAGGAUCGUUUUACCAAUUGGAUUUCCCGAAUUCGGGACGGCGCUGCUCAGAAAAUUGGGUUGCGAAAGGCGAGCAAGCCUUUCGAUCCCUUUGCAGGCGCUCGUACUGGUAGCCAGAAGCAAACUCAGUCGAAUCCUCAACCUGACUUUUCACAGCUUCUAGGGAUGGAUGAUAGAGAACUUCAAUUAGAAUCCGAACGUCGACGUGCCAACCUGGGGAAAACUCAAUCGAACUCAUCCCUUCCACCGCUUGGAAGUUUGGGUCUAAGUUUCUCGACCAUGAAAGAUGUCUUUGCGGACCCCGUCAAAGCGCCUGCCCCCAAUUCAAACCCAUUCACGGAUCCAAUCGUUCAGCCCAAGUAUCCAUUUGGAGAACCUGUAUCUACACCACAGCCAUCAAUGGCCAAACAGAACACUUAUGUCGCUGACGUUAGACGAUCCCGUGGGCAAUCCCUAGACGCUGGCGGAGCAUUACUCGUUGCCAAUACCAGACCACCAUCUGGCGAGCCCGUCUCCAGAUAUCCCUCCAGUAUUGCCCCAAGUCACGAUAGCUACCGUGAUACUGUCUUCUCCUCGUUUUCGGCCAAUGUCCGUAAAGGGAAAGGCCGAUCUGAUCCAUUUGACCUCGAGCGUCCGGAACUCUGGCAACCGCCAAAUUCCGGACCUCCUAAUCCACGGGCAUCCGGACGUCCCCGAGGAGCAAGCAUAUCUAAUGUCAGAGGGAGCAACGCGCGUCUUCCUCCUCUGACAACCAGCAAUCUGCGCACUCAAGAUCCAUCUGGUUAUGGCCAACCACGUGUAGUAUCACAAGCAGAUGCAUCUAGAAACUCAAAUACUGGUACUUAUGAAAGCAAGUACAGCAGCGGAGUUUCCAGCCUUGAUGCCUGGGGUGAUCCUGGACCGGAUCUUGGCCCUGGAAGCACGAAUACAAGUAUGAGAGGGAAUGUGAGCAGCAACGGAGGUAGUCAAGAUUUUGGCCGAAUGGGCGUUGGUGCUGGUGAUGUCAGCCCUCUCAGCGUCGACAGUGGUCGGGAAAACAAAAAUCGUGUCGGCACAGCAAUGUAG